AUGGAGUGUGCCAAGUUUUACAUUACCAGCUGUGGAGUGAUCCCAAAAAGGGAGAAAAAAAACUGUAAGGAGGUCUUCAAGCUGAAUAGAGGCUGUGGAACGACAUGCUCAUACGAAUGGAUAGAAAGAGAUGACAACGUAGAAGUAAAGAUAUGUCUCUCCCCGGAUGUUACUUCUGACGAUAUUCAGUGUAGCUUAAGAAGUGAUUACUUAUUUGCCAAACUGAAAAACAAACCUGAGAGUCUCAUAGAGGGGAAGCUAAAAGGACAGGUGGAUAUAAACCAAUCGACGUGGUUUCUAGAAAGGUACCAAGAGUUCUCCGUCCUUAUGAUUCAUCUGAAGAAGAAAAAGGAUAAAGGAAUAAACGAAUGGGUAGGAGUAAUCGAAAAGGAGAAUAUCCUCCACAUAUCGUAUGAUAAUACUUCAUCAACACACAGUGACCUUAGCACAUCUUCACAUCUAAGUGCCCAACCGAAUGAGCUACUCCUUAGGCUAGUAUUUCCAAAUGCCAAGGCUGACGACCUAUUCACUUUCGUCCUUAAGUGGGCAAACACUAAGUCUAAUGGUACAAACGAGUUUGGCAUCCCCAGGAUGAAAUUAAAAACGACAGUAAUGCAUGAUGAACAUGAAAUAGAAAUUAUCAUUACGGGAUAUGAUUUGAAGUGGGAAUCUGAGGACAGCUUGGUAAUAAAAUUCAGUUCGUUGGAAAAUGGAACGGAAUUGCAUGUACACAGGGGGAAGGUAGCUAGUGGAGUUAGAGGGUUACAUGGAAAUAUGAUAAGUUUUUUGGUGAAAGAAUGUGAAUAUAGAUUAUUGAAAAAACUGCAACAUGAUUUGAAAGGAGUUUUUUAUUUAAAUCCCAUUUCGAAGAAGGUAGACACACUGAUGCAUGGACAUACUCCUCAGACUAACUAUGAUUACGUGUCGAGUGAUGAGGUGGGUUCACAACACAUCUCCGUAAAUAGAGAAGAGACUAAUGAGAAAUACGGAAAGAGUAAUAAUAUAACAUCGGUAGAACACCCACAUGGAACAACAAACACUGAGCAGGUUAAACAGAUAAAGAAAGACUCUCCACAGGAAGAACUAAUUGUUGAGGAAUUGAAACUCCAUUCUAAGGUGAAUCUAACAUGUGAUGAUAAAUCAAAAGAACCCAAUUUUAUGAAAGACUGGUCGGAAGAGAAAAAAAUCGAAUUCCGACGAAACUCAGUGUUGCAAUUAAAAAAACAUUUGGAAAUAUCACAGGAGAAUAAACUUAUUAUGAAGCUGGAGGAUUACGUGAACUAUAUGAAGUUAUCCUUUGACCUGACAGAUGAGGAAGCUAAGCUCGUUUGGAAAAAGGGAAUGGCGAAAUCGGAUGAGCAGAAAAGUAAGGAGCAUUUUUACAGAUUCACAGAAGUGGAGAAGCUUACCGAUAGGAUAGGUGUAGUUGUUCCGGGGGAGGUGAACAACUCAACAGGUGAUGGUCUCGGAGCAGAAGAAACGUUCACCUAUUGCCAUACAGAACAAAAUUCUCACUUUACUGAUCUAACCAGGAAGGAAAGCUUCCAUGAAAAGGGAGGUAGAACCAUCGAAGAGACAAACCAAAGCAACAUUAACAAACGGUUUUUCAACUGCUUAGAAGAAGAGUUACUGGACCCUGAAGAUAAACCAAAACUGACUUUGUACGAAAUAUACAGCAAAAGUGACGAGGGAGAAAAACAAAAAAUGAGAGAAAAAUGGAGAAUGAAUGAACUGAGGUUAUGUACGCUGAUUAACGAAUUGGCUUACGCAGAGGAUGAUAUGAUCCCCACCAUCUGCAACAACUACCGAGAUGUACUACUAAGCGAUGAAUACGCUUGCCUCAUGCAAAUCAGGCUUCAAGAAUGUCCACCAAAAAAUGUACAAGAAAAAAAAAUACUCAAAAUAAUUAACUCCUUCGCAUUGAGUCUCUACGAUGAUAUAAAAAUUGUCAUGGAACAUGAAGAAAAGGAACACUUAAAAAAAAUCCAACUCAUUUGUGAAAAAGCUGUAUAUGAUGAGAAAGGGCUUAACGAUUUUAUUGAGUCUAUGAAGCCACUCCUGGAUUACUCCUUCCUUGGGUAUAUAAAGCAUGCCAUACGGAUGGAAAAGAGGAAGAUCAAAAUGGAGCAGAAGGACUUCCGAGAACAGCCCUCCGACUGGCUAAUCAUCCUGAUGAUUAUCCAAAAAGGAAUUUAUUCUAUAUUGGAAAAGGACAUAUGGGAGGACGUUAUCAACGUUACUACGAUUAUCUGCCAGGAACAACCCAGUGUCCGUAAGACCAUGCUGACCACUAUGGUUGCCUCCAUGCCCAAAGCCGAUUGGAUUUUUUUCAAAGAUGUUAUUAAAACCAUAUACAAAUGUGUGCAAGACAGAAAAAUUACAGCUAACCAUUUUCCUGACUUCCCUCAUAUUCCGGAAGCCAUUUUUCAGCUGAACUAUGACAUUGAGAGAAUUCUACCUGACUGGUUCAUAAAGCAAAUGCUGGACGAAUACGACAAGUCCGUCGUGGAACUCAUGAAAUCUAGGAAACCCUUGUUUUGGAAAAUGAAGGAGACUAACUGGGACAAGAAGUUCGUGCAGGAGUUUAAGCAGCUCCAG